UGCCAUGCUGGGUGAAUGAAACAUGGACGCUUUCGACUUGUUUCGGAAGCUUGGAGCCGGAGCAAAAUUUGAUUUUAAAAGGUUUGGGAAAGAUGCCGAACGAUUUAAGGUUGUGAGACCUCAGAAGAAAAAUGGAGCAGAAUCUGCGGAUCUCCUGGCUGAGAUUGACUUCUUUGGCACAGGGAGACAGGGUGACUCUCAGCGUGAGAAAGAGACGAGGGAGAGUGAGGAAGAAGAGCCGUCUGAGGCAGAGGAAGAACAGUCUUUUCAUGCUGGCAAAAGGAAAAGAGGUGUGGAGGACAACCCUGUGAAAACUAAGAAAAAGAAAAACAAAAACAAAAAGCAAGCACAAGAUGGAAAUGUUCCAGAUGUCAGUGUCCAACAGGGGGAGGAUGCCGGUGAGGGCGUACGAUGGGUGUCCUCUUUGGACAGGAAGGCCAAGGGACCCAGCAAAGACAACAAGGACAAGACCUCUUUGAAAAGGCUGAAGCACCUUCACCAAGAGAAGGUCAAUCGCAUCAGGCAUCAGAACCGGAUCAAUGCCCAUGGCACGGACGUCCCUGACCCCGUCUGCACCUUUGAGGAGCUCCAGGAGGAGUACAAGCUGGACCCACGGAUCGUCCAGAACAUCCGGGCAGCUGGGUUUCAGACUCCCACGCCCAUCCAGAUGCAGGCCAUUCCCCUCAUGUUACAUCGGCGGGAGAUUUUGGCGUGCGCGCCCACGGGCUCAGGGAAGACCAUGGCGUUCAGUCUGCCUCUACUUGCGCACCUCCGACAGCCCGUCAACAAGGGCUUCCGCGCCCUCGUCAUCUCCCCGACGCGGGAGCUCGCGAGCCAGACUCAUCGAGAGUUGUUGAAGCUAUCAGAGGGUGUGGGAUUCAGGGUUCAUAUGAUCGACAAAGGAUCUGACGCUGCCAAGAAGUACGGACCCAAGUCUGCCAAGAAAUUUGACAUCCUGGUGACCACACCAAACAGGUUGAUAUACCUGCUGAAGCAGGAUCCCCCAGCCGUCAACCUCAGCAGCGUGGAGUGGCUGGUGGUGGAUGAGUCGGACAAGCUGUUUGAGGACGGGAAGACCGGCUUCCGGGAGCAGCUGGCGACCAUCUUCCUGGCUUGCUCCUCCCCCCAAAUCCGCAGGGCCUUCUUCAGCGCCACCGUCGCCCUGGACGUGGAGCAGUGGUGCCGGCUCAACCUGGACAACCUGGUCUCUGUCAACAUCGGGCCGAGGAACACUGCAGCAGAGACGGUGGAGCAGGAGCUCCUGUUUGUGGGCACCGAGAACGGGAAGCUGCUGGCCAUGAGGGACCUGGUCAAAAAGGGCUUCAUGCCACCCGUGCUGGUGUUUGUGCAGUCCAUUGAGCGCGCCCGGGAGCUCUUCCACGAGCUGGUGUAUGAGGGCAUCAACGUAGACGUCAUCCACGCGGACCGCACUCAGCAGCAGAGAGACAACGUCGUGAGCAGUUUCCGUGCGGGAAAGAUUUGGGUGCUGAUCUGCACGGCCCUGCUUGCCCGCGGAAUCGACUUCAAAGGGGUCAACCUGGUCAUUAACUACGACUUCCCCACCAGUGCUGUGGAGUACAUCCAUCGGAUUGGUAGGACAGGAAGAGCGGGGCACAAGGGGAAAGCGCUCACGUUUUUCACUGAGGAUGACAGACCGCUGCUGCGCAGCAUUGCCAAUGUAAUUAAGCAGGCGGGUUGCCCGGUCCCUGACUACAUGAUAGGAUUCAAGAAAAUACACAGUAAAGAGAAGAGGCGGCUGCAGAAAAAGCCACCCAGGAGGACCACGAUCCGCACCACCCCACGCUUCCUGCUGAAGAAGGGUCACGGCAAGGCCAAAAGAAACAAGCCGAAGGAUGCAAAGCAGUCUGAAAGUGGGCAGGCUAGCACUGAGAGCACAGCCGGCUGAGAAACUGAGAGAGUGCGCAUGUCUUGAUGGAUGAAUGAAUGAAAGUUUGGAUUAAAUGCUGCGUGCUAUGUUACUGUUUGUAUCAAAGGAGAUAUUUCAGACCCGGCUUCACCUUGCACUGUCGAGGCAUUUUAUAAGUUCAGAUCCCCCCCCAUUAAGGAAUAAAUUGCUCUAUACAUAGCUGCGUUA